AUGAUAUCAGAUGGUCGCUUGGCAGAAGGUCGGCUAGCGUCUUCUUCGGACGAGCGGCCAAUGUGUCGACGGUCGCUUCAUGAGUUGGCCGUCGAAGCGCCCGGUAGCAAAGAGCUUGGUGACAAGGACCUUGGUAACAAGGAACGGGGUUUCAAGGAGCGUGGCAAGGAGCGCAUGAAGGAGCGGGCAAAGGAACGUCGUGCGACUCACGACGUUGUGGGGUGCGAGGGUGUUGCAGGCGAGAUUAGUGGUCGGGCUUGUGCGUCGGAGGCGCGCGGUGUGCGGAAAAGUGUGUGCGGUGUGGGUGACUGUGUGCCGAACACGCGCAUUUUGUUGAAGGGUGAGCCGGUGCGUUUGCGGGAUUUCUUUUUGAGGACGCGAGGAGUAUUGUUCGGAGGACCUGGUGCGUUUACUCCCCGCUGUGAUGGAGAGCAUUUGGUUCAAUUCCGAGAUGGGCUGCCUGCCUUACGGGCUGCAGGAUUCAACUUUGUAGGCUGUCUCUACACGAAUGACCCCUACGUCUUAAAAGCCUGGGCCAAGGCGAGAGAUGUCCGAGAUCAUAUUACUUUCAUCAGCGACAGUGCCGGCAAACUCGCCGGCGCUCUAGGCGUACUCGCUGCCGCCACAGACGGCAAAGGCGCAGCCUUCCGAGUACGCCGCUUCGCCAUGGUCGUCGGCCCAGGCGGCCUCGUCCAAUGGAAAGGCUUCGGUCGACACGCCUUCGUCGCCGACAUCCUUCAAUUCGCCCGCACACAUCCACCUCCCCAAUUAGCCCCACUACACCGCUCACCGAUGACCCAUAAAAUCACUCAGGAAAUCACCACUCUCCGCGCAUCUGCAAACACGUGUGCAAACACGUAUGUGUAUACUAAUCACGCAGGCGGCAGACCCCCCACGGGCAGCCCAGCCGCCGCCGGCGCGGUCGGACACUGCUGCCAUUGCUACGAGACCGGGUUCCACGAAACGCGGCACCGUGACUCUACGCGACGACGCGAUCCCGCCCGGGACCGCCGCGGCUGCGGCUGCGACGCCGAUCCGUCGCCGCGAGAUUUCUCUCACCGUGAUUUCUCCCCAGGAGCAGAUUUCUCACCAAGAGAUUUCUCACCGAGAGAUUUCUCACCAAGAGAUUUCGCCCAUCGAGAUUUUCCACAGAGGGAUCGCCCGCAGAGGGAAGAGACUUGUCGGGCGGCGUGCCAGGCCCGGUCGGAGGAGCGCUGCUGCCAACUACACGGGGGGCCUGUCGGGCGCCUGGAUCACGUCCGGCGGAGUUUCACGGGCGAAGGCGAACUCGAAUCGCGGACCGCUCGAUACCAAGACGAUCGAUACCAAGACGAUCGAUACCAAGACGACCUAAAGAUCUUGCGGAACCUGAUUUAUAUCUUGCGCGACGACCUGCACCGGGGGGGCCACCUACACUGCGAGGAGGAGCGUCUGGGGGGCCGGGAUGAGUCUGGGCGCGGUCUGCCGUGCUCCCACGGGCGCCGCCGCUCCCCUCCUGCGGAAGGCCCCUCCGUCAGUCUACGCUCACUGGCAGCGGAACUGGGCCGCAUUACAGACCCGGGUCGGAUGCAUGACACGGGGCGCGCGGGCGGCCGACGAGACCACCACUUGGGGCGCGUGCAUGACUCGAGUCGGGUCGCUCACCAGCAUUCGGUCGCUCACCACCAUUCGGUCGCAGACCAUUCGGUCGCAGACCACUCGGUAUCACAAGACAGCAUACGGUCGCUCCGGUCUUUGGAACACGUCCGAGGGCCGGAGGUGCGUGUACCUGAGGCACCGCGGACGGUCGAGGGCAUGCUGGUCCUCCCGGAGGCUCUGGGGCCUCGAUCGGAGCACCCCGACGAUGUGCAGCGACAAAACAACUGCUCGCCGCGUGCGUUGCAUUCUAACUCGCGUCUGAGGACCACUGGUACGCACCUCUCCUCCGUUUCGCGUGAAAUCCGCGACCUUGCUUUUGAGGCGCACCGUCAUGAGUGCCAGCCCUCACUCAAUCAACCUCCAUACGGUCAACCUCUAACCAGUCAACCUUUGGCUACUAGUCUACCUCUGGCCACUAGUCUACCCGUGGCCUCUAGUCAGUCCCUGACCACUCAACCGACGCUGAGUCAGCCACUAAUCUCUCAGUCACUGGUCAGUCAGGCACUGCCGGCGAGUCAACCGCUGCCAGCGAGUCAACCGCUGCCAGCGAGUCAGCCCCCUUAUGAGCGCCAGCCUACUUACGAUCGGAGUCCAGCCUUCAACAAACAGGCGCACACCUAUGAAGACCCCGUCUACGAACAGAGACCUUAUGAGCAGAAGUCCCCUGUGAAGACAACGGUUUACCAUCAGGUAUCAGCACCAGACCGCUCGGCUUUGGACCAUCCAAUUUUAGACCAUUCGGCUUCGGAGCGUCCAGUGUUGGAUCGACUGCCUCAGCCGUCUCAACGAGAGUCUCCUCCGUUUGAGCGGGAGCCUCCGUUUGAGCGAGAAGCCACUUUUGACCGUCAGACUACGUUUGAGAAGCCGUUGGAAAAGCAGACGUAUGAGCAGCAGCUUUACGAGCAGCAGGCAUACGAGCAGCAGGUGAAGUAUGGUCCGCAUGCGACGCCGGACAAGUAUGACCAGAGAGUAGCGCAAUCCGAGGCGUCUGGUUACGCGAAGAGUCCAUAUGUGGAUACGGCAAGUAGCUACGGCGGCGGUACGUACGCGAGACAGACGUCUUAUAAGGAAGUGUUGCCAGCUUCUAGCACGGAGCCCGUAUACGUGGAGCCCGUGUACGUGGAGCCGGUGUACGGGGAGCCGGAGUACCCGGAGACGGUAUAUCCGGAGCCUGUAUAUUCGGCGCCGGCGUUCGAAGACCGACCGCCCAGUUUCGUGGUGGGAGGAGAGGGGCACCGCGGGGCUUUGCAGAGCGGUUUCGGUCCAAGUGAGCAUCGUCGGUCAGAGAUUUUUGUUUCCUCAUGUUCAGGAGAUGAUGACGAUGAAGAGCAGGACGGUUCCUCGGAGGAAGAGGAGCAGGAGGAAUUGUCGGAAAGCGAGUUAAUGAGUUUUAAUACCUCUGUAUUUUAUCGGUGGAGAGGUUUGAUGUUGGAUGCCAGUGUGCGAACGGACUUGAUUACAACGAAGGGUUUGAAGCGAUGCUAUAUUGGUGAGGGUCCGGAAGACAUCAAGGUGUGUUACAAGAGGCCGAGUGGUCAGUAUGAGGUGACGCAUACACCCAAGGCAAUUCGUAUCGGUGUAGAUAUGCGUAACUUUGUGGAAGGUUUUGGUUCGAUCGAGUUCCGUUCAAAAAAAUAUACGGCCUUCGAGUUCCAUGUAGUCGGACCAUCACCGCAUCGACUGGAUGAUAAGGUUGGGUUCUGUCGACCAGUUGAAAUACGGGUGGUACAUACCUGUCACGAAGUACACACAGACCGUCCACAAAUCCUGGUACUGGCGGUGACCUUACGACCACCAUGCUUAACUGCAGCCGAACGAGACAACGUUGUUGCGUCCAAUUCCUUCAUUAACAAUUUAUUGGCCAUUCCUACACUGAGUUCUGAGACCUGCGAGGUUUUUCAAGUUGGUCCAAAGUCCAUGGCUGGUGGCGGAUUUGAACUUGAAAAACUGAUAGACCCUGGAGCCGGUUACGUCUGCUACAAUGGCGUACUUAGUGCCAUGGGCGAAAAGGUCACCUGGCUAGUCCAAGUCAAUAGCCUACUCAUCAGCAGACGCCAAAUUGAAUCUCUACAACCUUACCUUAAUUUCGGCGAAGACCUCGUCACCAACCCAGAAGACGCCUAUAGCCUCGCAUAUGCCUUCCGACACAUACCCAAACUAGCCACACUCAAAUGCCAGUCCAGCGGAGUACUCAUCGACUACAUAAAAAAAAAAACGUUUGUGCACAUUAAGCUGCUGCAUGUUAUCGGUAUGUCUUCAUACAAGAGAAUGUCUGCGGAUAAGACCUCAGUUGGUUUGUGGCUUCGUGCGCUACAGCAAGGUUUGAUUGAGGCUGAGGCGGAGACGGAAGAUCUGAAGCAGUUGAUAGUGCGCGCGUUGGCUGUAUUUGAUGCCGACGAGAAGUCGUUAUCCGAGGGGUUAUGGGACUGUAAGAAUGACGCGCCCAAUACGCUGUUUAUGGAGGACGUUCUAACGAAAGAAGAGAGCUGGAAAUUACUAGGGCAAUUGUCCCGGGGGGAAGACCCAGGCGUUAAAGGGGCGUCUGAAACCAAAUUCUUCAGUCGUAGUAAUACAUUACAACUAGAUACAUCACGAUCCAAAACGGCUUCAUUCUCUCGCACCGUGCAGGACAGCACAGAUGCAGAAUCAUCCGUUUCAGCAGAACCCCUUUCACCCGUUAAAAAACCGAGACACUUUGAUGAUGACCGCAACACUAGAACGCCUACUACUGCACAUACCGAGUCCCCUUCCCAUCAUGAACCUGGACUCAGCUCCUCCGUCUCACGAUCCUCCGUCUCACACUCCUCUCUAUCAAUCUCGCGCUCCUCUCUAUCACGCUCCUCCUUCAACCGGAACCAGCAGCAGUCCAUCUGUCACCACCAACUCGAGCAACUCCUACUCAAACUCCUCUGGCUCCGCUUCCCGCUCUUCCGAAAGCAGCUCUUCCGAAAGCCGCUCGUCACCAAGCUGCUCGCCACCAAGCAGCUCAUCGAGAAGCAGCUCAUCGAGAAGCAGCUCAUCGAGAAGCAGCUCAUCGAGAAGCAGCUCUUCGAGAACCCCCGGCCGCAAGUCGACAUCAGACUCCUCAAAUCUAAAGAGAGGUCGUCCAAGGAGGAGAGACGAGCUAAGGAGAGACGAGCUAAGGAGGGGCGGUCCAAAGAAAGUUCGAAUAGCACACUGAACAAGAAGGGAACAAAUGUCGACCUCCACGGCUCGAACCACCGACCUGGCGUUGAUCGGAGCGGCGGUGGCGGUCGUCGUGUGGUUCAGUCCCGUCGGCCACGGGUUGGUCUCAAGAAUCGGCGCAUCGUCAUCAAGGAGGAGAGCGACAGCACGGCUGAGUCGUCCUCUAUAUCGUCCACGGACGAGCUUCCGCGAACGAAGCGGAGCAUCCCCCCUGGCAAGCUGCAAGACUCGCCGAAAAAUGUCCUCUCCUCGUCGGAACCCGCUUCGUCCGAAUGGUCGAAAGAAACUUCCUCCCUCACUGAGACUUCAUCCUAUGUAGAGACUUCAUCGCAUACGGAGACUUCAUCGCAUACGGAGACUUCAUCGCAUACGGAGACUUCAUCGCAUGCGGAGACUUCGUCCCAUACGGAGACUCCAUCCCAUACGGAAUCGGAGAAUUCGUCGGCCCCAAUCGAAGACCCGAACGCGGAACGAGAAAGUGAGGAAGAAGAUGAGGGGCCCUCGUUCGAACCGGUUUGGAAGCGACGCGGGUCUCGUUUCGUUUUACCUCCGGUGCCGCGCCAGUCUGCACUCAAGGGCGGCAGGGCUCGGGUUCGAGUCCUCGAGUCGGACGGCAUGUUUAUGCCUCCCCCGCCACUGCUACCGGAACUGCCUCACGAACCCGUCCAGCUCAACAAAAAGGUGGACAAGAAACGGGCGGAAGAUUCCAAGGCGGAAAGUGGCAAAGUGGAGAGUGGCACGUCCAAUCCUACCAGGACUGUCGACGGGAACGUCGUCGAGGGCAAGACAAUCCCCGAUGGUAAAACGGAGAUGGCCAUGAAGAUGUCUUGGCAUGACGCCAUGAAUGACCCUCUGGAAGAACGGAAGGGGCAGUUGGAGGCUCGUCGCGACCGGGUGUACCGAAAGCGUCGCAGCGGCGAAAACCGCAGCUGUGAAGGCCGGGAGGAGGUGAAGGAGGGUGAGUCGGAUGGCAAGAAGGGUGACUCGGAUACGCACCCUGGCAUCGCGGCGUUGGAGCGAGCGCCGCAGCGGAGUUGCAUAAAAUCGCGUCCGGGAGAGGAGGAUUCGAACCGGGGUGUGUCGGGUGCGGAGUUCUGGCGGGUUGAGGAUUGCGGGGCGAGUAAAAGUUGGAGUCCGCGGUCGCACGAGAGUGUGGAGGUUGUGCCGGGUGGGGGGCGGGCGAGGAGCAACACGUUGGAUGAGGAAUCUGGCUUGAGUCGGUGUGCGAGUGCGAGUACAAUACGAGAAUCGAAGACGAAUGGCUACAAGAUAGCUUGUGAUCAAGACAAGUUGGAAUUGAUAGAGUUUAUGAUGAAGCAAUUGCAGCGUACAGAGCAUGAUGUGCCAGCGCAUGAUGCUCUAACUUCAGACAAUACACAGGCUAACCAAAGUCGUACACGUCUUACCCUUGACGACAUCCGUUUCCUUUAUCGACAACAACAAGAAUCCGUUGCCAAAGUCACGCGUCGCGAACGAAUAAAGUUCCAGGAAACUGUCAAGGAAGAGGAUGAUGUUCUCUGGACACAGCGCAAACAAAACCGUGAACUGCGACUCCGCAAACGGAAGCCGACUGCCCACGUCAAUGCCAUUCCAGUACGACACAUAUUGACAAACAUAAACCUUAUCCACUAG